AUGGACCGACAGCAUCCCUUGGGCCGGAUAGGUGAAGGGGCCCAUGGCAUCGUGUUCAAGGCCAAGCAUGUGGAGACCGGGGAGACGGUGGCUCUGAAGAAGGUUGCCUUACGACGGCUGGAGGACGGCAUUCCCAACCAAGCCCUGCGGGAGAUCAAGGCCCUCCAGGAGAUCGAGGACAGCCAGUAUGUGGUGAAGUUGAAGGCUGUGUUCCCGCAUGGAGCAGGCUUCGUCCUGGCUUUUGAGUUCAUGCUCUCUGACCUGUCUGAGGUCAUCCGGCAUGGGAAGCGGCCUCUGGCCCCAGCUCAGGUUAAAGCGUACAUGCAAAUGCUGCUCAAGGGUGUAGCCUUCUGCCACGCCAACAACAUUGUACACCGGGACCUGAAGCCAGCCAACCUGCUCAUCAGCUCCUCGGGCCAGCUGAAGAUCGCCGACUUCGGCCUUGCUCGCGUUUUCUCUCACAAGGGUGACCGACUUUAUAGCCACCAGGUGGCCACGAGGUGGUAUCGGGCUCCAGAACUUCUGUAUGGAGCCAGGCAGUAUGAUGAGGGUGUGGACCUAUGGGCCGUGGGCUGCAUCUUUGGGGAGCUCCUGAACAACUCCCCUCUUUUCCCCGGGGAGAAUGACAUCGAACAGCUGUGCUGUGUCCUGCGGGUCCUCGGGACCCCCAGCCCUCGGGUGUGGCCAGAGAUCACUGAGCUCCCAGAUUACAACAAGAUCUCAUUCAAGGAGCAGCUGCCCUUGCCCCUGCGCGAGGUGCUGCCCGAAGCCUCCUAUGAAGCCCUCCUGCUCCUGAGUCGCUUUCUCGUCUACCCCCCUCGAAGUCGGAUCCGGGCCAAACAGGUAUCCCCCUCCCCUCUCCCAGGUGCACCUCCACAGGCUAAGAGGAAGCGGACCCGACUUCCCCCUCCUCGGGGAGCCCCCUCCCAUCUCCAGCCAGAUAGUGACCGUGCCUCCCGGGACUGUCCUGGGGACACAGAUGAGAGAAGCCGUCAGGGAGCUGACUCCCCCUUCUCUCCCCACCCCCACUCCCCCACCCCCGGUACACAACCCGCACAGGGCGGUUGUUGUGCAGUCAUUUUUCAGUCACGUUUCAUGGCCCAUUGGGGGUUUUCUCAGCAGAGAUCUCGAAGCGGUCGACCGUUUCCUUCUCCGGCUCCUUUUACAGACGAGGGUACUGAGGCAAAUAGGGUGAAGUGACUUGCCUAGGGUCACACGGAUAGUAAGGGUCCAAGGUUGGAUUUGAACUCACCACGAUGAGUCUUGCAGAUCCCCAGGCUGCUGUUCUAGCCGUUCUAGUGCCACCUAGUGGCCCACGUAGAUCAAUAAGUACAAAGAACUCGGGCUCCUGGCAGCUCUGAGGGAGCCUCGGUAGGGAGCAGUGCCCGGACCUGCAUGACCGGCCUCGGGGGUCUGCAGCACCCCAAAGGCCAGUCUCAGUGACGCGGGCUGAGCGGAAAGACUAGAGGAAGGGAGCUCCCUGCGGAGCCAAGGCUUAGCUAACCGGCCAGUGGCCACGGCCCAAGAGAACCCAGGGGCGGAACUUUGCACCCCACUGGCCGGGGCCGGGGGGGACUGAGCCUUCUCCGCCGGGACUUUGAGAUGCACAAGGGACACCUAGGAGGAGAUAGCCAGCCGACAGCUGGUGGUGUGCCAUCUGACUGGAGGCCCAGAGAGGCCAGGGAUUUGGAAAUCACCUGUGUCCAAAUGGCCAAGAAGCUCCUACUCUGUGCGAGGCCCCAUCCCACGGGAGCACCCACGCUUGGGGGGCAGAAAAGGAGCGAGAGAAGGCUACUGCGAGUCUGAUUGUGAGGGACUAAAACCGGGUGGGGCCAGAGCUCGUGACCUUUGGAGAUGUACAAAAAGAGAGAUGGGGGGGGACCAAAGGGGGGGGGGCCGGAAGGAGUGAUUCCAUGGGACUUCCUGGAGCGGAGCGGGAGAGGAGAAAGUAGGGCAGGCUUGGCAAGGAGACGUGGAGAAACGUGGGAACUCCCCAAAGACGGCCUUGAGUUUCCUCAGCCAAGAAGGGAGUGAGAGAAGGGAGUGGCCGCUAGCUGUGGCGAAGGCCCAACGGGGGCGGGAGAACGGGUCCUUGGGGCGGCCCCCACGGGCACGGCUGGGCCAGGGGAGAGCAGAGAGCUCAGAGGGCUUGGAGGCCAAACGGCGGCAGGCACCACACUCGAGAA